AUGGCCCUCCGAGUGUGGCGGUUGUCAAGCCGCAUUUUCCCCGUCAUAUGGAUUGAUGUUAGCAACUUCAUGUCAUGUCAUCUCGCUCAAUUUCCCGUAGAAAAAAAUGUUUUUAGGAAUGCGUCCGGGUUUCAUUCGACGCACGUGACCAAGCCACCUGAGACGCCUCAACAGAUCACUGAGGAGAAAUCAUCAUCAUCAUCAUCAUCAUCAUCAUCAUCAUCAUCAUCAUCAUCAUCAUCAUCAUCAUCAUCAUCAUCAUCAUCAUCAUCAUCAUCAUCAUCAUCAUCAUCAUCAUCAUCAUCAUCAUCAUCAUCAUCAUCAUCAUCAUCAUCAUCAUCAUCAUCAUCAUCAUCAUCAUCAUCAUCAUCAUCAUCAUCAUCAUCAUCAUCAUCAUCAUCAUCAUCAUCAUCAUCAUCAUCAUCAUCAUCAUCAUCAUCAUCAUCAUCAUCAUCAUCAUCAUCAUCAUCAUCAUCAUCAUCAUCAUCAUCAUCAUCAUCAUCAUCAUCAUCAUCAUCAUCAUCAUCAUCAUCAUCAUCAUCAUCAUCAUCAUCAUCAUCAUCAUCAUCAUCAUCAUCAUCAUCAUCAUCAUCAUCAUCAUCAUCAUCAUCAUCAUCAUCAUCAUCAUCAUCAUCAUCAUCAUCAUCAUCAUCAUCAUCAUCAUCAUCAUCAUCAUCAUCAUCAUCAUCAUCAUCAUCAUCAUCAUCAUCAUCAUCAUCAUCAUCAUCAUCAUCAUCAUCAUCAUCAUCAUCAUCAUCAUCAUCAUCAUCAUCAUCAUCAUCAUCAUCAUCAUCAUCAUCAUCAUCAUCAUCAUCAUCAUCAUCAUCAUCAUCAUCAUCAUCAUCAUCAGUGUAUUGGAGAGCAGAUGGUGGGCCCGAUAUAUUAAAUUAUCGUGAAGGAGUUUCAUUGCACCGGAAGCUUGGCAAAAAUUUUCGAAACUUCACAACAGGAAACAUACAGCUGCGCUUUGAGGAUCAGGAGGGCGAAGCCAAAACCCUUCUGUUAUAUUCAAUGGCUCCUUCUCGAACCUCUGAUCAGGUGAGUGCAGGUGGACGCAGAGAAUUAGAGAUUCUAGCAUCAUCGGCCUCGUCCUCUCCCGAUCGACCUGCGAAAGGCACUAACCUCGUAUUCAGAGACACUUGGGACCAGCCGGAGAAGCUCGAGCGGGUCUGUGCGGGUGUCUGGCACAUGACCAGGCCAUCAUUCAUGCUCCUAGGCGAGGACAGGACCAGCCACAGCCUCAUCGCCUUCAUUAAGGAGCAAGUCUAA